AGCAGCAACAACUAGUGCCUUAGACACUCUCCAUCAACAAACUCUAGCUGAUCAAUCCUAGCUAAGCUUAUUGCAUAGCAAUCAAUGGGGUGCUCCAAAACCCUAGCAGCUGGCCUGCUCGCCAUGCUUUUCCUAGCUCCGGCCGUCCUGGCUACCGACCCUGACCUUCUCCAGGACUUCUGCGUCGCUGACCUCGACGGCAAGGCCGUCUCGGUGAAUGGGCACACGUGUAAGCCCAUGUCGGAGGCCAGCGACGACUUCCUCUUCUCAUCCAAGCUGGCCAAGGCCGGCAACACAUCCACCCCGAACGGCUCGGCCGUGACGGAGCUCGACGUGGCCGAGUGGCCCGGUACCAACACACUCGGUGUGUCCAUGAACCGCGUGGAUUUUGCACCUGGAGGCACCAACCCGCCACACAUCCACCCGCGUGCCACCGAGAUCGGCAUCGUGAUGAAAGGUGAGCUCCUCGUGGGAAUCCUUGGCAGCCUCGACUCCGGGAACAAGCUCUACUCGAGGGUGGUGCGCGCCGGAGAGACGUUCCUCAUCCCACGGGGCCUCAUGCACUUCCAGUUCAACGUCGGUAAGACCGGGGCCUCCAUGGUCGUCUCCUUCAACAGCCAGAACCCCGGCAUCGUCUUCGUGCCCCUCACGCUCUUCGGCUCCAACCCGCCCAUCCCGACGCCGGUGCUCACCAAGGCGCUCCGGGUAGAGGCCGGGGUCGUGGAACUUCUCAAGUCCAAGUUUGCCGCUGGGUUUUAAUUCCUGGGAGACUGCCCAUAAAUUAAAACCCAGCGGCGAACUUGGACUUGAAGUUAUAAAUAUUGAAGUUAUAAAUAUUGAAGUUAUAAACCCGGUUUAAAUAUACUUGUAGUUCCAGUUUGAAUUAUAUCCCUUCAAUAUUUAUAACUUCAUUUUAAUGCCUAAAAAUAGCAAACCAAUCCAGAGCGAGGCUUAAUUUUGAUAUGGACUUUUAAAAUUUGUAUUUUCAUUUUUACAAAAAAAUCAGGAGCCUUCUAUUUUCUAUACAUAUGUACUUUGUAUAUGGUGCCUUAACUCCCUAUUUCAAAAAAAAAACAAACUCGGAGUAUUACAUAACAAGAUCCAAAAUGAACGCAUAUAAGUAUAUAAUAGUGAGAAUGGCGUUUUGGAGGCCGAGCUCCAUGGAGCCCUUUAUUUAAAAAAACAAAUUCAAAAUUUUAUGUUUCAAAAAAUUCUGAAAAAAAUAUGCGUAUAUGUAAGGAUGUAACCCACAUGUGUGUAAAAGUUCAUGAUGAAAUACCUUGAAUUGCGACCUGUACAAAAAAGACAAAUUCAUGGCCUGAGAGAAUGAAUAGUAUCAUGUGUUAAACAGCCUUAGAUUUGUCUUUUUUGCACAGCCCUCAUUUCAACGUAUUUUGCCCUGAAAAUUUACACACAUGUGUGUUAUGCCUUCAUGUAUAUCUGUGUUUUUUUCAGAAUUUUUUGAAACAUAAAAAUAUGAAUUUUGAUGAAAUUUUAAUUUUGAAUUUGGAGGCCUCAUUGGAGCUCGGUCACCAAAAGGAUUUCCGUAUAGUAUAAUAUCAAGUUGGAAUACAAAUUUAAGUUGAAAUGAUGAAGCCAUAGUGAGUUUGACUUCAAACCUCAUAAUUCCACUUUGAAACAUAUGAUGCUUACCCGGAGAUGCUUCGGUUGCUCGACAAUGUACAACCCAAGUUUUGUGAAAUUGAUUCCAAUUUUAAACACAACCCCUUGAGGUCAUAUCAUGGUGCCAUGCCAAAUUACAUUUUUUGUAUUUCAUUCACCUUUCUAGAAUUAAAUAAAACAAAUAAGUGCAACUAAGAGUUAGAAUUUUACCAACUAAAACUUUUGAAUUUUCCAUACAUCUCUUGGAUUACACCUACGGUACUUAAGAAUUUGAAUAUUACCUUUCUUCCAAAUUGUAGGCAUUGUUUUAAUAUACUUGUAGUUCAAAUUUUAAUUAUAUAUCAACCAUAAAGAUCACUUAAUGCCUAAAAAUUAGCAAACUAAUGCAAAAAAUGCAUAAUUUUGACAUGAACUUCGAGAUGUUGGAAGUUAAAUAUAGGAAAGGUUUGGAGCCUUCUGUGUCAAUUUUUCAAAAAAGAAGGACCUUAAGCCUAGCUUAAACACUAAAAUCUAAGAAGUUCUACGAGUGAGCGGUAUGUGGUGCUUGUCUUUUUUUUGAGAAGUAUGUGGUGCUUGUCAUUGGUAAGGAUUUACCAAUGACGAGUUACGCUUGUUAUAUACUGCCUGCACGGGACUUGAUUUUUUUCCCAAAUCACUUGUCCUAACCCCCAAUCGAGCAUGCUGACUCUGGUGCCGCCUACCGCCUACCGCCACCAGCACCGCACACCAUAUCUGCCUCCGCGUGCCCCCCGCACAUGGCAUGGUCUCCAUGCUCACUACUGAAUCAUGUGUCCCUCUCCCUCCUUGGUCUCCACCCCCGUUGUCACUGCUCACCUCCGACGUCGGUUGAUGCCUCGUCCCCAAGUCCAACCCGCCUUUGCCUCCUCGACCUCUUCUACUCCACCUUUGCCUCCUACUUCUCAUGUCGGAUGACACCACACUUCUCUGCCUCGUCAACGGACGCUCUCAGUGAGCGUUCCUCAUCUACUUCUCAUGCUUGCCGUGCUUAGGAGGUUCAUGCAUAGGUGCUUGUGUUGUGACAUCGUCGUGGAUGAAUGAGUAACAUAUCUGAUAUAUUUAUGUGUUUUUAUGAAUAACACCAGAAUUGAGAUGAAUAAUUGUGCGGCAUCAUGGAUUAAUAUGCUUGUGGUAUCGAUAUGUUUUAAAUGAACCCAUAAGAUUAUUAGCUUUCAUGAUUUAAUAUAACUAAAUAAGUAAGUAUGUGUAGUUUUAAGAUUUAUUUGGACUAAAAAAUUGAUGAAGUGCCAAGUGUUAGUUGUUGUUUUGUGUUUUUGGCUUCAGGAAAAACAAAAGUUUAAAAUAGCGAGCUAUGCCAAAGGCAUCAAACUCAAAAUAAGUUAAAUAGCGCUAGAACGCCGCUAAAUGGCACUAUAUCCAACUAAAACAACUUAAUUAUACAUAGGUGACAUUUAGCGGGGCCUUGCAAAAAACACUACAAAGUUGCUAUAGCUUACUAUUUGAAAAUUUAGGAAAAAACGGGUAUUUUCCCUUCAAGUGAAAAAUCCUCAAAUAAUGCAAGAGAAGUUUGUACAUAAAAAGAUAGCUGAAGCUAGAAGAGAAAACCUAGUGGGGUUCACAGCUCUUAGGCGGCGCUGUGGGGCAUCAGGUCUCCUCUCCGGUGCUCUCGAACUCGUCCUAAUAGUAUACCUUUUGCGAGAUACUAUAACUUAACUUUUGCAAAUAAAUUCGUAGUCAAACUUUGAUUCAAAAUAAGAGGGUGUCUUGCAUUGCAAGUUUGCAAUGUUGUAAUUUGGAGGGGAGAACAUGGAGUGGUGGUGUAAUUGCUAUUUUUUAUGUGUGAUGGAGGUGCGAGCAACCGAGAGAUUUCUAUGGUUAUCGAAUUGAGUAUUUUUUAACAUAGUGCAGACAAAUAUGCUCAUACAUACAUAGGCAUGCAGAUGCUAUCCCUAUGAGCAUCUCCAAGAGACCGAGUCCACACAUCAUCUUAUGAUUGACGAAGUCGACAUAGACGUUUUCUUAAUCUAUGGAAAUGUCCCCUCCAACUGAACGCACAUCACCUAAAUCCAGAAAAAUGGGACCACCAAUGUCAAGUUUAAGACAUAAACCUUGGUGGGCCGGCAACACCAUUAUUUUCCUAACCAUCCAACCAUAGAUUGAAAUUCAUUAUUGAGCGAAGGAUAUGGAACAGAGCUUACAUAAUAUGAUGCGGUAGCUUAGGGUUCAUAACACAUGUGACCCGCUGGUGAGAUAAUUAGAUAGGAUUUGAAUGUACCUAUUGACACAAAAUUAUACACAUGCCCUACUCAUGAUUAAUCGGAUAGGAUUUGGAUAUUUCCCAUAGCAUGAAAAUGUGCCCAUACCCAAUCGAUGUGGGUCAGGUUUAAAUAUAUCCAUGUCUAUGGAUAAAAUUGACAUCCUUAUCUGGAAAUGUGGCUGCAGUAAAAGGCGGCGCAGCUCGCAGCAACAAUCGAUAGAAAUGUUCUUCCUUCUGAGCUGAGUUGACAUGGGGAAAGUGAGAAGCGAAAUGCCUCGACCGAUGACGAUCGUUGAUUCGGUGACAAGUGGCCAUGCAGGUGCGCGCGGGG